AUGGUUACUUUCAAGUUAUUGCUGGCUAUUUCCUCCAUCAAGCCUACUUUGCAAAUCGACAUCAACAAUGUCUUCCUCAACGGAGAUCUCCAAGAAAAAGUCUACAUGGCAUUGCCUCCUGGAUUCACCCCUCCCAACACAGAGGACAAUUCUAACCUAGUUUGCAAACUACACAAAUCUAUCUACGACCUCAAACAGUCUUCAAGACAAUGGUAUAAGAAGCUCUCUGAUGCUCUUCUCACAAUAGGCUUCUCCCAAUCCCAAGCCAACUACACUUUAUUCACACGAGGAUUUAAUGACCAGUUCGUUGCACUCCUCGUCUAUGUUGACGACAUUAUCAUCACAGGUCCCAACAUUCACCUUCUUCACCAGUUGCAAGAGUCCCUUAAUGCCCAGUUUCAACUCAAGGCCUUGGGACCACUUAAAUAUUUUUUGGGCUUCGAAAUUGCUAGAUCAGUAGAAGGUGUAUUUUUGUCUCAACAAAAAUACACCCUACAACUCCUUGAAGACACUGACUACACAAGAAGUAAACCUGCAAAAACCCCAAUGGAUCCCAGAACGAAGCUUGAUGACCAACAAGGAAAUCUUUUGGAUGAUCCCUCUUCAUACCAACAGCUUAUAGGCAGACUUCUUUACCUCACUCUUUUAAGGCCUGACAUAAAAUUCGCCGUCAACACUUUGAGUCAAUUCAUGUCAUCUCCACACACUACACACAUGCAAGCUGUGCAUCAUCUUCUCAAAUAUCUAAAAGGUAUCCCUGGACAAGGUCUCCUUUACAGUUCCAAUUCGUCUUUACACCUCAAAGGCUUCUCCAACUCGGACUGGGCUGCUUGCCCCACAACAAGACGAUCCAUAACUGGUUUUUGUAUCUUCAUAGGAGACUGUCUAAUUUCAUGGAAAACAAAGAAACAAACUACUUUUUCUAAAAGCUCUGCCGAGGCCAAAUAUAGAGCCCUUGCCAGCACCAGUAGUGAGAUAACUUAG